AUGGAUACGAUCUCUAAAACCAUUGGUUUUGCUAUUGCAUACAACAAAGGUGGUUCUUGCGGUCGCCUGCAUGACCAAACAAUGAAUGGGCGUCCAACUAUCCGUCCCUUCACUCCCUUUAAUCCUGACAAGGACUCGGAAGAGUUGCGUCAGGCCAUGAAAGGAAUUGGAACUGAUGAGGCAAAAAUAAUAAAGGUUCUCGCAAACAGAUCGGCAUCUCAGCGUAAGGCCAUUGCAAGCCGCUACUUGGCACUAUAUGGAAAGCACCUGGAAAAGGAUCUCAAAAGCGAGCUGAAGGGCAAUUUUGAGGACGUGGUGCUCGCAUCACUCCAGGAGGUGGCGGAGAUGAAGGCAUGCGCUCUACGUAAGGCUAUGAAAGGUGCGGGUACGACGGAGCGCGUGCUCAUCCAGGUCAUCGCCGUUGCCUCCAACGCAGAGGUGCAGCAUAUCAAACAGGCCUAUCAAACCAUUACAGAACGCGAUCUAGAAAAGGAUAUAGUCAGUGAGACUAGUGGAGACUUUCGGCGAAUUUUGGUGGCGAUGCUGCAAGCUCAACGCGAUGAAAAUCCUCACGUUAAUCAAGCGCAGGUCGAAGUUGACGUUGAUACGUUAUACGAAUGUGGAGAGGGGAGGAUUGGAACCGAAGAAUCCCGAUUCACUCAAAUCUUCGCUCAAAGGAGUUUUCCACAUAUCAAAGAAAUCAUAAGAACUUAUACAAAUACGUAUAAGAAAACACUUAUUGAAGCCAUCAAAAGUGAAACCUCCGGCAACUAUUGUGAGACACUGAUAACUAUUGCUUCGUAUGCGGAGGACCCAAUCGCACUGUUUGUUAAUUGGCUUCAAGAAUCAAUGGCUGGAAUGGGCACUCGUGAUGAUGAUCUUAUUCGUCUAAUUCUGUCCUGCGCCGAGACUAAUCUUGAAGAUAUCAAGGAGGCUUAUCAACGGAAAACGAAGAAGCUUCUGACAAACGCCAUUCAGAGUGAAACUUCGGGGGAUUACAAGCGUAUGCUGGUUGCAAUUGUAGAGGGGAAUGCAUAA